AUGGCUUCUUCAUCCAACACUGCAACCUACAACACACCCUGCGCCGCUUGCAAGUUCCUGAGAAGAAAAUGCGUUCCAGACUGCAUCUUCGCCCCUUAUUUCCCACCCGAAGAGCCCCACAAAUUCGCCAAUGUGCACAAAAUCUUCGGCGCCAGCAACAUAACCAAGCUCCUCAACGACAUCCUCCCUCACCAGAGAGAAGACGCGGUGAAUUCCCUUGCCUACGAAGCCGAGGCGCGUGUCAGAGAUCCCGUUUACGGCUGCGUUGGAGCCAUUUCAUUUCUGCAAAUGCAAGUCGAGAGGCUACAAGAGGAGCUGGAUGCGGCGAAUGCGGAUUUAAUCCAGUAUGCUAGCUCUUGUAACCAUCGAUAUCCUCAUCAGAAUAUGUCUAGCGCGCUGCCAAUUCAAAGCACCACCACUACUCAGUAUACUAGUCAGCAGGCACCGCGACAGAUAAGGCCGAAUAAUAAUGCGUAUUAUCCAACACCUUCUACGUUUUCAUUUCCAUGGAAUGAUAACAAUGCUUCUGGUCGAGGAGGAGCAGCAGGAGAAUGA